AUGGGCUCACUUGCGCCGCCUCGCAGAUUGAGAAUCGGCGUCGAUGUCGGCGGCACUAACACCGACGCGGUCGUCCUUGACCUGAGUGAAGCACAUCAACCACACCGGGGAGUACUGGCUUCGCACAAAGCACCAACGACAAGUCCCAAUGUCACCGAUGGUAUCGAGGCUGCUGUUGGGAGCGUUCUCGCACAGACGAACUGCGCAGAGGAAGUUUCGUGCCUCAUCAUCGGCACCACUCACUUCCUCAACGCCGUCGUGGAGCAUGAUAGUCGUCGACUGGCCAAGGUUGCCGUGAUCCGACUUUCAAAGAGCUUUACCAAGGACAUUCCACCAUUCUCGGACUUCCCACCAUCGUUAGCAAAGCUGCUGAACGGCUACCAUGGAUACGUUGACGGGGGUCUGCACAUCGACGGCGCGCAGGAAGCCCCGAUCCAAGAGGAGCAGAUCCUACGCCAGUGUGAUGAGAUCGAAAAGCUGGGCUUGAAGGCAGUGGUCAUAUCUGGUGUCUUCUCCCCCAUCGAUCGACACUUCCACCAGGAAAAGCGCGUUCGAGACAUCAUGCAAAAGCGUUUGGGUCCAGAUGUCGACAUAGUCUGCUCAUCUGAUGUCUCGAAUAUUGGACUUCUUGAGCGCGAGAAUGCUUCAAUUUUAAAUGCCUCAAUACUGAAGUUCGCCCGACGCACUAUAAAAGGCUUCCGCCAAGCGAUGAAGCGUCUUGGACUUGACUGCUCGUUGUUCAUCUCACAGAACGAUGGCACUGUCAUCGAUGCAGCAGCUGCGGCGGAGCUCCCGAUCAAGACGUUCUCGUCUGGACCCACCAACUCCAUGAGAGGACUAGGUGGCGGAUCGCUGAUCAGACAAAACGGCACCGAGUACAGCGUCGGUCCUGAUUCCGUUGGCUACCUGCUGACAUCCAAAGCAAAAAUUUUCGGCGGCGACGUACUGACGGCUACGGAUAUAGCGGUAGCCAGCGGACUCGAUAUAGGCGAUCGAUCCAAAGUCAGCGACAUCAGUAGUGAGAUGGUUACAGGAGCCCGGCAGAGGAUGAAGAAGAUGCUAGAGAGAGUCAUCGACAGAUUGAAGCUUACUCCCGCUCCGUUGCCGGUCAUUCUGGUUGGCGGAGGCUCAAUCAUCUGCCCGUCAGAACUCGAUGGAGUCUCAGAAGUCAUCGUUCCCAGGUUCCACUCGGUAGCCAAUGCUGUUGGAGCAGGAAUCUCCCGGGUUUGCGGCACCGUUGAUGCCAUCUGCGAGACUGGAGACAAGACUUUGGCAGAUCUGAUCGAAAAUGCAAAGGCGGAAGCAAUUGAGAAAGCGGUUACUGCAGGUGCAGAUGCCAGGACUGUGAGAAUCGUGGAAGUCGACAGUCUACCGAUCCCUUACGUGACUGGUCAAAUCCGCAUUAUCGUUAAGGCGGUCGGAGACUUGUCCAUCGAUUUUGUCUCCAGGUCACAGAAGAGUCUUGACGAGGAGGAAACGGAGAUCCUAAGCCUGGAGAUGGCAAAGAAUGAUGCCUCAGAUUCAGUUGCAGAGACAACGCGUGUCGACUUCGACUCGUAUCGACCGCUCAUAGUCAAGAACAAGCAAGGAAACCCAGAAUGGCUGGUUUCUCAAACAGAUCUAGCAUGGCUCCGAGAUGGGUGCUACAUUUUGGGCUGCGCGGGCGGAGGCUCGCCCAAGGCGGAAUAUCUGAAAUUGAGGGACCAGUUGCGCGCCGGCCAUACUGUUCGGAUCAUCGACAGCUCGUCGCUAGGUGAGAAAGAUCUGAUAUACUGGGGUGGCAUGAUGGGCUCGCCUGCUGUGUCGAUUGAAAGACUAAAUUCUGGUGAGUGCAACCAAGCAUUCGCAGAUUUGAUGGAGCUGCUGGGACACGAAUCUUUCGACGCAGUCAUGGGUCUCGAAAUUGGUGGUGCCAACGGUCUGGAACCACUGCUGCUCGGGACUUCUGCAGCCUUCGAUCGACCGGUCAUUGACGGCGACUGGAUGGGACGCGCAUAUCCAACGUACUGGCAGACCACCCUUGCUGUUCACGCGCCUGGACAAUUGACACCGUGCGCGAUUGCUUCUGGUGACGGGAAGACCAUCAUCAUGACGAAGUAUCCGGACGAUGAGAUUGUAGAUCGCGCACUUCGUGCUUCCUGCUCAGAAAUGGGCUCCAGAGUCGGUAUGGCUGCAAAGCCGACAUCAACGCACCACGUUCGCAACUUCGGUGUACUCAACACGUUGUCGCUAGCCUGGAGAGUCGGUAGAUGCGUCGCCAGAGCUCAGCAGGAGAACAAGACUCAUACGGUCGCUGAACAAAUCAUUGAAGCUGUUGGCGGCCCAUCGACCGCGAGGAUCUUGUUCCGAGGAAAGAUCGUUGGGGUUGAGAGGCGGCUGUUCAAGGGCCAUUCUUAUGGCGAAAUUUGCAUCAAACAGACGCUCCAAGAAGAGGAGGAGAGCCAGCACGAUACUCCAGCGGUGGCUGAGGGUGGCACGCUGAUGAUCCCGUUCAAGAACGAGAACAUCUAUGCGAAGCAUAUCGCCGAAGAUGGCGGCGAGAAGUACAUUGCUACUGUUCCGGAUCUGAUCUCGGUCAUCGACAGCCAGACUGGCCUGGCUCUGGGAGUGCCCGAGUUCCGCUAUGGUCUCCUGGUAACAGUGCUGGGGAUCACAUGUUCGCCACGCUGGACAGAAACACCGCGGGGCCUCGAAUAUGGAGGUCCGGUUGCCUUUGGGUACGACAUCGAGUACAAGCCUUUGGGCAAGUACGUCGAGCCUAAAAGCGUAAUCGCAGAGUAUGCUGUAUAG